GGAAGCAUUACCGCCAUCAACUCCACCUUCGCUUGCUUCGUCGUCCCUUCCAACUUCUCCAGACAGCCCCUUCGACUCCGACCCUUCCACCGCUUCCGAGUGCGCGCCACCCUGGCCACGCAGCAAUAACAACCACGUCCACUGCCGCUCUGUCUCCGUCUGUGCCUCUGCUUCGGACGCCCCCUUCGAACUCGAGGACUUGAUAUUUUUGUCCGACGCGGAUUCGGUCCCGGAAAUUCCUCAAAAUCCACCUCGCCAACUAUUUUUCGCCCGCGACGACAUGGCCUCGUCUGCAUCGCCCAUAGAUAUCGCCACGCCGCGCGCGUCGCCUCCUAAUCAGACCUCCAACCUCACCAGCCAGCUGCAAGCUGCAAAUGCUCGUAGUGGCGACGCUCAGCCGCCAUCCUUCGUGGCCAACAUGGAGCGUCGCGGCAGCGAGUUCAGACCCGACAGCCUGCGUCAUGGCUCCAUCAACAUGGGCAACUCGUUCCACUCUCGUCCCAUCUCAAUGCGCGACCGUGGACGACGCGACAGCACUAACCACGCUGGCAGUCUCAUGGCCGGUAUGAGCUGGGGAGGUCUGUCGGUCGGUAGCUUCAUCCGUGACGAUCUGAUCAUGGCAGGCACAUCACCCUACAACUUCCAGUCACCCUCGUUCCAUUCGUCCUCAUAUCUACCCAAGAUGGAAGCCAACUUCAUGAAGGACUACAUCUGCUGCGGAAUUACGCUUGACUCACUGCACGAGCUGCUCCAGCACUACGAAGAGGCACACGCUCAAGUCCCAACACAAACCAUGGGUCGUACUCCCAAGGAACACCUACUUGCCAACGCUCGCAACGCCAACGCCGGUACCGCCGCCCAGAUGCUGCAACAGCAACAACAGAGCCAACCUCACAACCACCAGCAAGCUCCUCAGUUCGAUCACCCUUCAGGCCUCUCACAAGGCCUUGCCCGUGAUCCUCUGCAAGACCACGACAUGGAUGACAUGGAUAUGGAUAUGGAUGACUCGAGCACCGCACCUGCUGUACAAGAUCCCUACCAGAGCCAUCAAUUCCAACCUCAACCACAGUUUGGCAGACAGCAAGCCAGAGCGCCAUCGCUCAACAUCGGCAUGGCCAGCGCCUUCCAAAACACACAACAAGUCAACAAUGUGUCAACGCCAACCACACCACAACCCGGCCAGAACAUGCAACUUGGCGGCUUCAACCCGACUGUCUCAUCUGUAAACACACCUACCUUCGGGCAAACGUCACAGACCGUCAGCCCCUCCGAGUCGACCGUUCACACGCCUGGCGAGAUUGAUCCAUCCAACUUCAACGCCAGCAUGUCUGGCUUCGGGUUCCCCGAUAUGAACGGCCAACAAGAUGAGUCGCGCUGCAUCGACGAUCCGGCCAAGCGUUUGCUCAGCAAGCAGGGCGGUAUGGGUGGUUUCAAGAACCCGAGUCAAUUUGCCAACAAUAGUGAAUUGGCAAAACGCCUGCGCGAGCAACAGCUUAUCCAGGGCUUUGGCUUCCCCGGCGAGGAGGCUAAGCCUUUCCGCUGCCCUGUCAUCGGCUGCGAGAAAGCGUACAAGAACCAAAACGGCCUCAAGUAUCACAAACAGCACGGCCAUCAAAACCAGCAACUCAAGGAGAACCCCGACGGCACCUUUUCCAUCGUUGACCCUGCAACCUCGAUUCCCUACCCUGGGACCGUCGGCAUGGAGAAGGAGAAGCCCUACCGCUGCGAAGUUUGUGGCAAGCGCUACAAAAACUUGAACGGUCUCAAGUACCACCGUCAACACUCGCCGCCAUGCAAUCCUGACCUCAAGCUCAACCCUGUCGCUGUGCCUCAGAUGCCCAAUGGCAUGCAAGCCAUGAACGUCAAUGUCGCUGGGGCCGGUCUGUCCAUGGGCAUGGACGAUGGUAUGGGCUACUGAGUCAUCUCCUGACCCUUUUUAGUUGCUCCCCCGAUACCCUUUCUUCCCUAGGCGUUCUCGCGGCGCCCUGUGUGUCCUGCU